UGGGAGGUGGAAGGAAAAGGCAAAAAACAGACAGACAGACAGACAGAGGCUGACAAGGCUUAAAUGUAAAAUAGGAAAGGGGAAUCGUCAACCCUAUGUUUGAGUGGUUAUUGAAAAGGGAGUGGUCAUUAGGGGUCAUUGAAAAGGGGAUUGUCUUUAACAGCAGUACAGGUUCAUGGAUGUGUAGUAUAAAAGAUUUUAGAGUUUUUUUCGUGAGACCGCCCUGAAUGUUGCUGUAGUUUAGAGCAGAAUAUAUACUGGUCAUUUGCUGUAUGUCGUGUGCUAGAAAGCACCGGUUCGGUUUAAUGCGUACCCUACACAGAGAGGAGAGAGCGAUAGGGAGAGACGCUUCUCGCAUCAUCGACUUUUCUUGUGUCGUGAUUUAACACUUUGGGAGCUUCUGCAUGGAGAACCAGGCAUCGGAAUUAUAAUGCUGAACGUAUUUGCGAUCAUCAUCAACAGCUCAAAUGAAACAGUUGGACAUAAUGAAACAGUGUAUAAUGCAUCGCUGUAUUCAUGUGAUUAGAUAAUUUUAUCAAUGAUAGGCUACUGUGAAUUGUCACGGUGUGAAUUUGGUAAACAUGAAAAUGCAUAUGAUUCCCUUUUAAUAAGGGAAAUGUAUAGCCUCGCGGAUAUCCGACGGAGAUUAUAGCAGUUAUGCUAUUGACAGUAGGCUAUUCAUCAAAGUGGAUUAAAUUAGCACGCGAUUUGGCGGUGCUGAUGUUCCCUUCUCAAUCAGUUCGAUGUUGUCGCGUGAAGCUGGGCAGAAAUACAAUGAAUGUGUGCAUGAGAAGACUAUGGUGUUUUAGCGCGUAAUGACUUUUGCGAGCCAAUUAAUGUGGAUGUGCUUUUUAUUCACUGUAUUUGCGACGAAAUAUGCGAAGCGACCCAGAGGUGCAAGCAAAAUGCCUGUAGCCCAUGAUAGCCCAAUGUCUUUGUUGCGGCGCACUUCGGGUCUCUAGCUGUGCUAGACACUGAUAGACUAACCUCCGGUAGUAGCUGAAAAGGAGACAAGCAAGCUGACGAAUGCUUUACCGCCCUACCUAUCAAAAACAUAUCGUAACAGGUGUCUUCAUCAUCACCACGAUCUUUCCGGGUGUCUCAUCAAGACCAGGCAAGUCAGCCGGCUUGUCUCAAGUGAGGAAUCUGUUGCGCUCCCGGUGCUGUGGAGAGCGCUGUUGGAGAGCUACCCUACCCGAGCCCGUGGAGCGGCACCCCCCGAUCAGCCUCGGAGGACAAAAUAAUGUUACUACUCCCCGACGAUGAUGACAGAGAUGUUCCCAAUAGAAAACCUGCUUAGACUGAGCCAACUCUGAACUGCUCCGCAUAGGCUGCUACAACCCACAGAGGGAAAGGAACGUCGGAGCCAGACCAGACGCUGACUCUGCGAGUCUGCGUGCGCCAGGUUAGGGCCUGGAUUUUGCCGGGCUCGUGGAUUCUAUUCUUCACUAUUUGGCCAUUUGUCUGGACAUGGACAUAAUCGCUUUUAAACGUCUGUAUUCGAUCUAAGCAGCUCGAAUCUUCAAUUUUGCAGACCUCAGAAUUUCAGAGUCUGAAACUAAGCAGUAGCCCAAAGAGCCUCUCAGGGGGUUAGGUCUAGUGUGUCGGAGACUAGGCACUGGUCGACAUGCAGGUCUCUUUCGCCUGCACGGAGCACAACCUUAAGAGCCGCAGUGAGGACCGACUAUGUGGCCUUCGCACGGCGCCACCUCCUGGGGGAGGCAGUGGGGGAGGUGGUGGAGGCGGCGGGAGCUGUCAAGGGGGUAAUGGCAACUACAACACCCAGGGCUCAGCCAAAUCCACUGGCAGGGAGCCGUCAGGGUCCCGCCUGGUUCCCCAAGGCCAUGCCCACAUGAAGGAGGCCAUUGGGCGCCACAGCAGUAUGAAGUACAGGAACCUGGGGAAGUCUGGCCUGCGUGUGUCCUGCUUGGGGUUGGGCACCUGGGUGACAUUUGGAUCACAGAUCUCUGACGAGAUGGCUGAGAACCUGAUGACCAUUGCCUAUGAGGCUGGGGUGAAUCUCUUUGACACAGCAGAGGUGUAUGCCUCUGGAAGGGCUGAAAUCACCCUUGGGAACAUCAUCAAAAAGAAAGGAUGGAGACGUUCUAGUUACGUGGUGACAACCAAGAUCUACUGGGGGGGCCAGGCAGAGACUGAAAGAGGACUCUCCAGGAAGCACAUCAUUGAAGGUUUGAGAGGGUCUCUAUCCAGACUGCAGUUAGAUUAUGUGGACAUCGUCUUUGCGAACCGUAAUGAUGUCAACAGCCCUAUGGAAGAGAUAGUCCGAGCCAUGACCUUUGUAAUAAAUCAGGGCACGGCCAUGUACUGGGGCACCUCUCGCUGGAGCGCCAUGGAGAUCAUGGAGGCGUACUCUGUGGCGCGUCAGUUCAACCUGAUCCCACCGGUAUGUGAGCAGGCAGAGUAUCACUACUUCCAGAGGGACAAGGUGGAGGUGCAGCUCCCCGACCUCUACCAUAAGAUAGGUGUGGGGGCAAUGACCUGGUCUCCUCUGGCUUGUGGACUAAUCACAGGGAAGUACAGCGAGGGGGUUCCUGAUAUCUCCAGGGCUAACAUAAAAGCACAGGGCUAUCAGUGGCUGAAGGAACGCGUCCACAGCGAGGAGGGACGGAAGCAGCUGGCCAAGAUCAAAGAGCUCCACCUAAUGGCUGACAGACUGGGCUGCACUGCCGCGCAGCUAGCCAUCGCCUGGUGUCUUCGCAGCGAGGGCGUGAGCUCAGUGCUGCUGGGUGUUUCCAACACUGACCAGCUGGUGGAAAACCUGGGCGCUCUCCGGCUUAUUUCACAGAUGACCCCUCAGACUGUGGCUGAGAUUGACUCACUGCUGGGAAACAAGCCCCACUCCAAGAAGGAACCACGGGCAUGAAGCGGAAAUGAUUGCAUAAAGGACACUGGUCUAGAAAAAGGCAAAUUAUUUUACAUUGAGGAACAUCGCUCUUUCCCCCUUCAGUAUAACCAACAACGUGCAUGCCCUCAGCAACAUUGUGCUUCCAGUAUUUGCGCACAAUCCAUUCUGCGCAUUGCUUUGUGUCAUGUACAGAAAAACAAAAUAUUUUAACGCGCAAAAACAAACAUUCACAAAGUAUGUAUAUCGCAGAUCCCUCACAGACUGAUAAUGUCCACAAAAAGAGAGUGGGGCCGACUCAUCGAGCAUCAGGGCUCCGUCAUCCAGAGAGACCAAUGAGGGCAGAGCUGAAGACGGAAAAAGACAGAGACAGUUAACUGAAGGAGACGCACGGUGUCUUCAUGCAAACCGCAUCCUGCUUCAUCAACAGUCGCGCUGUCAUCAAUGGGAGGAGAACUCCCUGAUGCCAUGAAGCAACUUCUAGCAACACAGCUCUGACAUCUCCCACGGGCUGGGUGACCCACGCUGUCACAGGACAAACACUGCCUGCGGGCCCCAUAAUGUUUAGUACCCAGCAGAGAGCCAAAGGUUAGCAACACACGAGUGUCCGGCGUGUCACUGUGUCCUUUGACAGCGGCGUCUUCCUUGGUGUCUUCUCUGUGUGUAAACUGUACGCAUGUCCCUUUAAGAGACCAGCCCGAGCAGGGUGUUAAAUGUGGCAUGGCUUUCGUGGUUUGUGUAGAUUUUCAAUGCCCCUCGAAGCAGCCUUUUUUACACUAGCAAUUGGAAGGGGCUGAUCCAGGCUCCGCGGAAACAUCUAUAAGCUUUGCUUUAUUUACUCUUCAGCCCGCCGACAGGCUCUGUGUCGUGUAUAUUGUCCUCUGUCUUAAACCAUUUCUGCGUAGAAGACAAUGAAAACCUUUUCCGGCUUGUUUGGAGGAGCCUCUUUACUGCUAGUUAACGGUACUGUUUAGAUGUGUUAUUCCCCCUCAGACGGAGGCACAACCCACUGUGCUGAACAUGCAGUCUUUCAGUGCGUUUUAGGACGCUUUGUUUUAGCAAACCCAUUUGAAAUUGGUCACAUAUCAGACAAAUCAUAACCUUUGCAUGACUUAAAAGGUGCAAGGUUUCUUCAAAGUUCAAUGUUCACCACAUAAUGUCACAAUCCAAUCCAAUAUGCUUCAUUGUGCAUUUUCUUGUAAAUUCAAUGACGUGUAAGACUGUGUUCAUUCAAACUGCCAAUGAGUCAGACUGAGGGAUUUGCUGCAGGGUCAUGUAUGGAUUGAGGACACAAUUGUUGCAGAAUCACGGCCUCAUUUAGCAGUGGACAAAUGACAGGUGAGACAACGGACAAAACAAAACGGUCAAAACACGUGCACACGCUUACAUUAUCAUUGGCCUGUAAAAGCACAUGAGUCUUUCUAUAUUUCCCAAAAGAUGCAAACGAAUGCACAGGACCUAGCAGCCAUCAGUAUUCAGACUGGUGGGAGGCAGUGCAUUUGGUGUCAGGUGGUAACUGAUGAUUAAAUGCAGUGGGCUUUUUGGCACAUGUCUCUGGGGAUGAGGUCAGUGUUGGUUUGAAACAGAUGACAUGAGUGUUUUAUUGGGCAGUCUGGACACACCUGCUUAGCCUAUUUCUGGAGUUCCUUGUAGUUUGUUUUCAUGAAAAUAUGAUUAUUCUCUCCCAGUUUUAUUCAAUAUUUCUGUAUGCGUUUGGCUGUAUUUCAUUUCUGUUAGUUCCAGGUAAAUAUUUCUCCUUGUAUCAGGACUUAGUCCUGCUAUCUAAACCUCUCAUAUAAAAUUUUGGUUUGUGAUCAGGUUCAGGUCACUAAUGGAUUUGAAAUGAGUGAGAGACAUAGUUACCUCUGUUAUUACUACUGAUGAGUGUUCUCUGUGCAUUUUUGAUACCAGUUUGUUUGUUUUAAUUUCCAGUGUAUGUAAAUACUUCACUGUUCUUAAUUGGAAUAUGGAAAAUGUUGGAUUCUUGUGAGGAUUAUGAAUUAGGCAAAUGACAAAUUCAACCAGAUUCACAUGCUGUUUUGUUCUGUGUUUAUGUAAUCAUGUUAACAGGAUCUAGGUUCAACUGAAAAUCAACUACACAGUAUACAUGCCUGGAACACUCCUUAAGACUGUAACUUUGCCUGCGUAACUUCUAUUUUACUGUCUUGAAACAAAAAAGAAAGCAACCCCUGUUUUGAAUGUAUGAUGCUUGUCUUUAAAUAUCUGAAAAAGUAUACCUCAUUCACUGUAGCUGCUUUGUCUUUUGGUGGUCACGCAAACCAGAUCUACCAGACACUUGGCAGGAUAAUAUGUGCACACACAAAGCAGUUUUCAUGGUCUGUCUGCCUUUUGACUAUGGCAAAAAAAAGAAAAUAUAUAUAUUUUACAUUGAUUUUAAAUAGCAAGCUUCCAUAUGUCAAUGAUCCCCCCAAUAACCAUUAAAUGGCUAAAGGGUUCACCAUAUUGCAGUUAUUAACAGGGACAAGCAGUAUUUCAAUGGCAUGUAUGUUUGCAUGCUACAACCAGGUUAGAGAAAAUAAUACUCUGGUUUUCUAUUGAAUGCAUCCAUUAGCAAAUAUGUUACGUGAUGCUCAUAAUAUUGUCAUUCAUCAAGGUGGCUUGGUUAUCCAUGUGUGAGCAAAAGAAGACGAGACGGUCACCAUUUUCUAGACGCCCUUGAGGAAGGGUACCUCAGGAGCAUCAUUUCCAUGGUAGCAGUGGACAGGGAUAUUUUAAAGAUGACGAGACAUCCAUCAUUGUCACUGUGUGCCAGUGUGAUCAGACAGACUGGUCCCCACCUGCUCGCCACUAAUGUCCCUCACAGCCUCCACGCCUGUCGAGGCCACAGAGUAUUACCCAGACACCAUUCAGACACUUACUAGGUCCUUUUCUUCUCUCUCUAACACCUCUUUUCAAGUCUCAUUCAAUUCAGACAGAUGUUUCUCUUGAAAUCAAAGUAGCAACUUUGAAAAUGAAUAUCAAUACGCAUCCCUAAGAGUUUCUUUUUUCCUUUCAAAUGUAAAAAGAAAAAUGGGUCCAAAAAGAAGUCUGACUUUCACAGACCCACACUUUCCCAAUGCGUUCCGAACCUUAAUGGAUUUUUUUUCUCCAAAGACCUGAACACAAUGGGAGCGACUAAUGGCCAGCAAUUGCACAGUGGUGCCAUGGCGAGUCCAUCUGCCCUCUCGCUGCAUGUCACAUCACCUCUUUGGGCUCUCUCUCUUUCCCUGUGCUUCGUCAGCCUGCAGUCUGUCCGACAUAGAAAUAGAGUGGUCUGUGGGGCAAUGUCUGUGCUCCCCUCCACUCACACAGCUUCUGCUCCGUUCCUCUGCGUUUAACACUUUGAGACAGCUGGAGAACUGACCUUUACAAAGUGGGAGAGAAGUGGGGAGUGAGAGACAUCUAGGGUACAUAUAGGCUACUUGAGAUCCUGAAAAUGACAGCUUUUUUGUUAGUUAUGACUAAGAAAGGGCAUGCACUGCAUAUACUACAAAAUGACAAUCUCUUUCAAAUUCCAGUCUAAGCAACUCCAUUUGGGUCAAAUUCCACCAAAUGUUUCUCAAUAGUCAGACAUGCAAGGGUGAUAGAUAGGCUAGUAGUUAAAGCGUUAAGUCGGUAACUUAAAGGUUGCUGGUUUGAAUUCCUGAAUAGUCCAGGUGAAAAAUGUCCUAUUGUGCCCUGAAGAAAGACACUUAACUUGAAUUGUUGCAGUAAAUGGCUCUGGAUUAUAGUUUCUGACAGUAUUUAACUGGCAGAAUAGACAGAUAUAAAUGUCUGAGUUAGACUCACAAGCACAACUCCAGCUUUUUGGCUGCUGCUCGUUCUAUUUGCUGGACAGAGAGAAAACAUUGUGUGACAGGCUGGAGAUUGAUGAAGCAUCUGUGUCCACAUGGCAUGGUAACGAAGGAGAAUGAUUUUAAAUCAGAUGUUAUGUUGUGUACUUUCAAAACAUAUUUUUUGUGAUUCACUACUUUUUUUGUGAUUCACUAACUGAUGAAUACCUUAAUUUCCAUAAUUCCUGACAUUUAAUGUAUUAUAAUUUGUUGAGUUAAGAACAUGCCCAAUCAAAAUGACAAACAGUUUGGAAUUAAUUGAAACAAUGUUCUUGCUUUUUCUGUGUAGCCCACACUGAUUGACAGACAGCUGCAAAAAGGCACAGUGAAUAAACUCAAGAAUAAUACAAAAUA